AUGGCUCAGAUUUUGUCUCUCAUCAUCGCCAUUUUUCUGGCUCUAGCUUCUUCUGGGAGAUGCAGCAGCGUUUACAGCAGGAAAGAUUUCCCGAGGGCUUUGCUUUCGUGGGAAGGAGCUGCUAAUGAAGACGGGAGAAAGCCAAGCGUCUGGGACACUUUCGUUCACUCUCGUAACCAAAGUAAUGGAGACAUAGCAUGUGAUGGGUAUCACAAGUACAAGGAAGAUGUGCAACUAAUGGUGGAAACUGGCUUAAACGCAUUCAGAUUCUCCAUCUCUUGGUCUAGGCUUAUACCAAAUGGAAGAGGUCAUGUUAACCCAAAGGGUCUACAGUUCUACAAGAACUUCAUCCAACAACUUGUUAACCAUGGGAUUGAGCCACAUGUUACACUCUACCACGACGAUCAUCCUCAGUAUCUCGAGGAUGAAUAUGGAGGAUGGCUCAACCGCAGAAUGAUCAAAGACUUUACUGCUUACGCAGAUGUUUGCUUCAGAGAGUUUGGGAACAAUGUCAAAUUUUGGACAACGAUCAACGAAGCUAACGUAUUCUCCACUGGAGGUUACAAUGAUGGGUCGACACCGCCUGGUCGUUGCUCCCCACCAGGCUGCUCGUCAGGGAACUCUUCGACAGAACCAUAUAUCGUAGGCCAUAACUUGCUUCUUGCGCACGCCUCUGUUUCAAGACUAUAUAAGCAAAAGUACAAGGAUAUACAGGGAGCACUACAGGAAAAAAAAGUUUUGACAUAG